UAUCUCUUCAACUCAUCACAUUUAAUUACUUCUAUAUUUAUUGCUCAAGUAUUAUUUUGAUUUUGCAUGACAGGAUUUUCAACAUCUCAGAUGUUGAGUUUGGUAAUGAAUAAACUCUAUAAGCAAUUUGUUGAAAAAGAUAUCAAGGAGUUUGAAGCAUUCCAUGUUGCUAUUAUUGAUACGUUCAACAUACUAAACGUGGCUGUACCGGGGAAGCAUUAUGAUGCCCCGUCAUAUAACGAUGUAAAGGAAAUUUUCAAACGUUGGAAAGAAUCUAAUGAAGAAGCUAGAAAGGAGAUGUUCAAAGACUUCAUGAAUAAGAAUGUGAAUCUCAACAGAGUAGAUGAAUCUAUGAUAAUCACUGCAAUAGUUGCACCACCAGCAGCCAUGGUGGCUAAAAGAACCGGACAAACAACACUGCCGCAGCUGAAAUUUAUGAAUGCCAUUCCUGAUGUUGUCUUUGUUCCUUCAGCUACUGUCUUGGCUCUCAUUGCUGUCAAAAUCCUAAGGCUAAUGUUCAAAGGAAACGAUUCAACAUCAAAGGCCGCUGUUGAUACCAUUUUUCCACCUGCAGAUGAAAAUAUAUCAGAUCAUUCACAGCAAGAUAUACAAAAAAAUGCAUCAGAUUCCAAUGCAACAGAAGAGAUGAUAAAAGAUGCAACAGAUUCACAUCAACUCACACCCAAGGGUAAUUACUGUGCCUUGUGUAAAAAGGUUCAUGACUAAUGAUUAACAGCCCUAUUCUAGUUUAUAUACUAUUUUAUGUUCAUUGACAUAUACUCUUUAAGGGCAUAAUUAUAUGUAAAAGUAACUGUAAUUAUAUGAUUAAGUAACUUCAAACA